AUGGCUAGUAAAUUUGUCAAGCCUAAGCACAAGAAAAGAUCCAUUGGAGAUAGUGAGGAUGCUGGUAAGAAUAAAAUAAAAAGCUCAAAAAAUACACUUAAGAAACAAAAGACCUCUAAUGAUGACCAGCCUACUCCAAUUUCUAGAGGCUCAGGUGCUAAGAAAUUCAUUUCUGCAGAUGAUCUCAAAUGGAAUUCUGUAAAGAUUAAUCAAUCGGUAAAUAUUGUCGAAGGUUUCUUUGGUUUAGAAGAGAUUGAAGGGGUUGAUGUGCAAUAUGUUGAUGGUAAAGCUCAUUUUGUUGUAAAAGAUCAACUGAAACUUAAAACCGAAGAAGAAAAGGCCCAAGAAGAGGAAAAUGGUAGAGUUAAAAAGAACCAAUCAUUAUUAACUGAAAAAGACGAGGAAGAAAUUGCUAGACAGGAAGAGGAAAGAGAGGAAAAACAUGAUAAUAAUGACGGAGAUGAUGAGGAUGACGGAGAGGAAUUUACUGCAUUCAGUGAUAGAGAAGACGAUGGGGCUGAAAUUGAACAAGAAGCCUUGGCCACAGUUUUGCAAGAAGAAGAAGCAGAAGCCGAAGAUGAUAAUAUUAAUAUUGAUGAUGAUGAUGAUGAUGAUGAUGAUGAUGAGGUAGAUGAAGACUUAUUGGCAGACUAUAAGGAAAACUUGAAAACAAGUAAACUUACAGACAUCCUCGAUGAAGACGAAGAUUUGGAUUCCGUUGAACUCCCGCAAACAAUUAUUGAAAAUUGGUCAGACUUGUCUCUUAGUAAAUACACCUUGAAUUCUCUCGCGAAGCUCGCCUUCAAUAUGCCAACCCCAAUUCAAAAAGCCUGUAUUCCUGCGGCUAUCGCCGAUCAUGAUGUGAUUGGUAAGGCAUCCACCGGUUCUGGUAAGACUUUGGGGUACGGGUUGCCAAUCUUGGAGAAGUUCUUGCUAAGAUUGAAGGAAAACGGUAAUAAACCAUUGGACUCUCCUGUCGGUAUUGUGUUCACUCCAACUAGAGAACUUGCCAAACAAGUACAUAGUCAUUUUGUGAAAGUUGUGGAAAACUAUCCUUUGAAGGAUGCCCUGAGCGUCGGCAAACUUAUUGUUUCUAUUACCGGGGGUCUUUCUAUCCAAAAACAAGAAAGAUUGUUGAGUUAUAACCCUGGUUUGAUCAUUGCUACUCCUGGUCGUUUGUUAGAGCUUUUAGAAUUGGACAAUAAUGAUAUUUUGAAUAAAAUUUCAAAAAUUGAAAUCUUGACAUUAGAUGAAGCUGAUAGGUUAUUACAAGAUGGUCAUUUUGGGGAGUUGGAAAAAAUCAUUGAGAUUCUUUAUAAAGUCAGAAAGACCCACCACUUAAAGAAAUGGCAAACCUUUGUGUUUUCUGCCACUUUUUCUAAAACAUUGUUCAGUAAAUUGGAUAAAAAUGUCAAUAAAAAGAAACAGCCAGCCAAAAAUAAAAAACAAAAGAAAAAUGGUAAAAAAAACCAUAACGACGAUCCGGAAUCAGAAACCAUUAACGAUGAUCAUGAAAUUAUUGAGUUUUUGAAAACUAAGCUACAGUUCCGGGAAAAAAAUCCGAAAAUUAUCAAUAUUAAUCCUAAAGAAGUGGUUUCUGGAACCAUUUCCGAAGCACUUAUUGAAUGUGAUGCCACCAACAGAGAUUUGUACUUGUACUAUUUCUUGACAAUGUACACGGGUACCACUUUGAUCUUCACCAAUUCUAUCGAUUCGGUAAAGAGACUCAACUCAUUCCUCAAAUUCUUGCACAUCAAAUGCUUCUCUAUCCAUUCGUCGAUGCUUCAAAAGCAACGUCUUAAGAACUUGGAAAAUUUCCAAAAAAGCUGUGUCAGCGAAGACAAGAAACAGACUGUGGUGCUAUUGGCCACCGACGUCGCAGCCAGAGGGUUAGAUAUCCCAAAUAUUGACCAUGUGGUGCAUUACCAUUUACCAAGAUCUGCUGAUUUAUAUAUCCAUAGAUCAGGGAGAACCGGUAGAGCUGGUUCCGAAGGGGUUUCCAUCAUGUUGUGUUCUCCACAAGAAGUUAGUGGGCCAUUGAGAAGAUUGAGACGUCUUCUUAUUGAAGAAUCUAUGAAGAUGGAUAAAAAGCCAGGAGAUGAUCCAAAAGAUAGAAAGAGAGCAUUAUUCACUAGAUUCCAAAAUUUGACCGAUGAUGAUGUGAAAUUAUUGCCAAUUGAGGUAUCUAUUCUUGAUCAAUUACGUGAAAGAGGGCACUUGGCCAGUGAAUUGGCGGAAUCAGACGUGUCCAAAUCUUCAUUAUCCAAAGAAGAUUCUUGGGUGAGCAAAAUAGCAGAAGCACUUGAAGUGGAUGAUUUAUCGGAUUUUGAAGAUGAUGCGCUUACUAAGAAACGUAACAAAAAAGUGGGCAAAACUCUUGAUUCCGGGAAACUGAGAGCCAAAAAGUAUGAACUCGAAGCUUUGUUGAAACAAAAACUCAGAAUUGGUGGUAGCAAGAAGUAUCUUAGUAAUGGGUUAGUCAAUAUGGCAGAUAUCAUGGUGCGAGGUGAAGGUCAUGACAAUAUUAUCGGUUAUGAUAACGUUAAUGUUAUUGAUGUGAUCAAGAAAUCUCGAAGACAUCAAGAUAGAGUUUUGAAAUUACAAGAGCAAAAGAAAUUGGAAAGACAACAAAAGGAAGACAAAAAGGAUGCCAAAAAGAAGAAAAAGGAUGCCAAAAAGACUAAAAAGAGAAAGAAGGAGGAAGAGAUGAUGGGAGGUGGAGAUUCCGAAGGAGAAGAUUUCGACGAUGUUGACGAUGAUGACGAUGAUGAAGAAUGA